AUGAAGAAGAACAAAAUCAGCAGCAAGUUGAUAAAACCACACACCCCAACCCCUCAAAACCUCAAGAAUUACAAGUUAUCAUUUAUCGAUGAAAUUGUUCCCCCAGUCAAUAUUGCUGUUAUUCUGUUUUACCAAUCGAAACCCGAAAACGGCAGCCUCCAGUUGGAAGAAUCACUGGCCAGAAUCUUGGUUGAUUUCUAUCCUCUUGCAGGAAGAUUCAUCAAUAAUUAUAGUUCGAUUGACUGCUGCGACGAGGGAGCCGAGCUCGCCGAAGCAGAGGCUCUAGACGUCGAGCUGAUCGACUUGGUAGCAAAAAUCAAUGUCGAUCAGAUCGACAAUCUCCUACCCUACAAACAUUUCCCACAAAACGGAGCUCCUGAUAACCCAAUCCUCUCAAUACAGAUCACGCGUUUCUCGUGCGGUGGGGCCGCCAUCGCCAUCAGCGUCUCCCACAGGAUCUUCGACGCAUCGUCGAUUGUUACGUUCGUGAACGCCUGGACGGACGCCAACAAUCCAGAUGAUGCUAAGAGGGUAAUUACCCCGUCUUUUCAUCUCCCCUCGUUGCUUCCAUCGGUGAUCCCCAACGACAACCUGGCCCCGGCCCCGGCCCCGGCCUCGGUUUCUGGUCACAAGGCUGUUUUGAAGAGGGUUUUGUUCAAUAAGGAGGCUUUAAGGAGGCUGAAAUCAAGAAUAAGACACCCCAACGGAAAACCCUUAUCUGGAGUGCGUGUUGUGGCUGCCGUUAUGGCCAAAGCCCAAUUCCGACUAGAUCGCGCCAUCCACGGCAGAAGCAGAACUUCCGUCGUAUUUCAAGGGGUUGACAUGCGAGGGAGAUCAAUCCCACCUCAGUCAACACACACUUGUGGGAAUUUCUCCAUCAUAGCAAUGACGGGACGCAUAGAAGCUGCGGACGAGGUCGAUGUUAAUGAACUUGUUCGUCUAUUGGGAGAUUCUGUUCGAGGCGCCAUAGCUCGUCAUGCUGAGAUACUGUCUCCUGAUAGGGAUGGACGUGAUAUCUUCACAAAUACUGUGGAGAACUACUCUAGAUAUUUUUUCGACCCCCAAAUCAAUGAUCUAACAAUCUCUGAUUUGAGUAGGUUGGGAUUCCAGAAAGCUGAUUUCGGAUGGGGGAAGCCUGCUGCUUCGACGAUCUUUCAAUUAUGUCAGCCGGUUAGGAACCUUGUGAUGCUCAUGAGCGACAAAUCGGGAGAUGGGAUUGAGGCAUGGUUGUAUUUGAACCAAGAUGAGGUGCCUUACUUUGAGCAAGAUGAGGAGAUCAAACCCUUCAUAUCAUAUUGUCCUAGUUGUUUAUGA